UUUCAUAAAGGCACAAAUUAAGAUCGUGCAUGUGGCUCAUUACCGUGGCAUGUGGCUCAGAUGACCGGGGUAAUUACUGAACUGUGGUGACUCAGUCAACUUCGACCCACGGUAACAGGGAAAUUAGAGAUCAAUGUUUUGCUUCUGCAAAUUAGUAUUUUUGUUUCUCUACAUACAGCUACGGCAGGCAGCUGCCUCCUGAAGGCUGGCUGUACAUGGGGGGUUGGAGAAAAGGAAACAGAAGCCAGCAUUCUCGAAUCUCUGCUGAGGAGUUGGGAAUUAAGGGGAGACUACAGGGUGUCAAAGUGAGAGAAGAUAAGGUUGACUAUAGCACAAGAAGUAUUCUGUUAUACACUGGGGUAAAUACAUAGAAACUGGUAUUUUGAUCAUAAUGCAAAAGCCUUGGUAGACAAAGCUGGGCAUUUACAGUGAUCUUCCACUCAUGUAGUACAGAAAGAUAAGCAUAUCUUUUCUGUUACUUGCAAAUUAAUCCAAUGUCUGAAUGUUUCAAAGUAUUUUCAAUCUGCCUGGGAUGGGGUUUUUUUGGACAUGGCAAUGCCAUCAGCCACAUGCAGCUUCUGACCCAGAUUUGCCAAGUCUUACUUGCUGAGGAAGAAACUCACUUUUGGAGCCGGAGAAGCUGCUUGCAUUUACUCAGUGUGGUUACUGAGCUGGGCAAGACACGUUCUGAUGGGCAGAAUAUGCAGAAAUAGGACCUCAAGACUAAAGAGAUGGAAGGGUUUGGAGAAAGGGGAGACCAUAAAGCAGAACCUGUGUGACUAUCACCAAGGCAGCCAGGUAAAAAGCCAAGCUAGGCAGCAGCUCAGUUCCUCACUCGAGUUUCGUCCUGUAACUUCACUCAGCCUGCGUGCUCCUGUCUCCUGGUCCCUGUGUUGGCUGCUGGCCUGACCUGUUUGUUGUCUCUGCCGUCCUCAAAGCAAGGUGGCACAAACGGAGAGGAGCAGAGAAGCUCCUGAAAUACUUGCGGAAGCCAGGCUGCCCAACGCCAGGCGCGCCGGGCUGCGGACACACACAGCAAUAGUGACAGCCAGACUCGCCCGCCUCCAGGCUUGUUCUGCUUUCACACACAGGUGUAGCAGUCGAUAUUCUGGGGAAAAGGCGUGAGGGGGGAUAUUCCUGAAACAGCACACACAGAUUUUAACGCGAUGCCCACGUUUCCAUGAAGACCGCACCACUGGGCGUCUCGCACCGCCGGAACAGUGGGACUGCUCUCCCCGUGCUGGGCUCGUUUCGCAGCAGGAAAACCCCGGGGAAGCCUGCCUUGCCGUGCCACGGCCCUCCAGCCCCUCUCCCUGAGCAAAGCCGCUCGCAAUUUUAAGAGCUGUUCGUGCUGCCUCCAAGAGAAGAAAAAUUAUCUGUAUGAACAGAGGUGACGAGAAACAGGCCGUAGCUGGCAGAGCCAGGGUUAGGCAGGGUGUGAGGCUGAGGAAAAGCCUCCACUUCCCGCGGGGCUCAGUCUCGGGCACAGCUGCCUCACAAGCACUGGGUUUGCCAAGGCGGUGGCAAAAGAGACGGAGGAGGGUCCUGGGAGCUGGCGCUGGCGGGGAUGUUUAUCGCUCCUCUCUCCCGCCUGUUACCCCAUCCCCUCCUCUCCCUCCCACGCCGUGGCGUAGGCGGCGUGGGCAGCCCCCCUGGCAGUGCCCGCGGGGGCAGCCGCCGUGUUCGCGUUUGUGCCGGGCAGUCACAUGGAAACCGGCCCGCAGCGCCCCCGCACUCCCGCGCCGCCCGGGCAGCGGCCAGCCGAGCCCCGCCGCGCCGGGAGCUCCGCCGCCUGACGCCCGCCCCGCCGUGCCCGGCUGCGGUCUGCCCGGGAGGCGCGGGUGUCGGAGCCCGCGGCGCGGCGUGGCUUCCCUGCCGGCCCGUGCCGAGGGGGGCCCGGCCAUGGAGACCCUCGUGCGCCCCGGGGCCACCAAGCCCCCCACCGGGUGUAACUCUGUGCUUCCCCUGCCUUGUUGCGUUGCAGUUUAUGUUGGGCUCAGCAGAAGAGAUUUGGAGGAACUUGGCUCUGUAAGCUGCAUGCAGGAUUUUCCUGUCUGGAAAAGAAUGAAAGCUCGUGCUCCCCCUCCACCAAAUCAACCUUCUGCAGCAAGUAGAAUUCACGGUGAGCACAAGUCACCUGCAGAGACAGCUGUAAUUUCUGAUCAGAACCUUGUGAGCAUGAAGGAGAACAUGAUAAACAGACUGGUGGACUUCACAGUCAUUUUACCCUGUGGGUUAGAGCAGAAGUGUACAGUGCAAGGAAGUAAAGCUGUGAUGGAUGUACUGGUUGAUUUAUGCAGCCAGUAUCGCUUAAAUCCAUCCCAACAUAGUCUUGAACUAAAGUCUUCGGGAACUCAACAAGUUCUGAGUUACAAGCCAAACACUUUGAUAGGAGCACUGGAUGUACAGACAGUACUUCUGAAAGAGAAGAUUCCCGAAGAGAAGGCAAAGCGACCUCUGCCAAGGGUCCCUGAGAAAUCUGUGAGGCUGGUAGUGAACUACCUGAAGACACAGAAGGCUGUGGUUCGAGUUAGUCCAGAGGUGCCUCUCCACAACAUCAUCCCAGCUAUUUGUGAGAAGUGUGAAGUCAGUCAAGAGCACAUUGUUCUUCUGCGAGAUGGCAUAACUGGGGAAGAGCUAGAGCUUACCAAGUCCUUGGAGGAGCUAGGGAUAAAGGAGCUGUAUGCCUGGGACAGAAAAAAAGUUCCUCCAUCAAAAACUCAGUCUGAACCUUCUCUGAACUAUAGAGAACCAAAUCGAAAGGCUUCAGUAAGCAGUGAUGCAAUAGAGAAAGAAAAGACAAGACUUUUGGGAUUGUUUAAUGCUGAUAGAAGAAGCAGCAAGACAGAAGAAUACUUGAGGAUGAACAGAGAUUGUGGUGAGGAGGAUGUUUUUAGUUCUGCAUCUACAAGUGAAGGCAGCUUGGAUGGGUUUUCCACAGCACCAAAUUCCCCUUCGGUGAAUUCUCGUUCCAGUAGCCUGGGUUCAUCACUGUCCCUUGGUAGCAUCUCUGGAAUGACAGCAAACCCAGAAGUGAAAAAGCGCAGAGCACCUCCUCCACCAGCUGCGACACCAGUAUUGCCGAACGCGGAGGUGAGGGGACAAGAAGGGACAGCAGCACAGAUAUCACAAGGAGCGUCCCUCAGUGAUUUAAGGAAAAAGAAGAGGCGUGCCCCUCUUCCACCAGCUGCAUCUGCUCCCCCCACUCCUGCCAUGCCAAACAGGACAGAAGACAGGGAAGACAAGAGGAAGAGCACAAUGGGUGAUGGAUGGCAGGUGCCACAAAAGCCUCCUAGGGGCACCACUCGUGGUCCCCCCCAGUUAGUGAUCCCCCCACCCCCACCUUACCCUCCUCCUGGCAGUGACAUUGUGGAUCCAUCAGUGUGUUACAGAGAAGCAGAUGUUACAGCACCAACAGAGCUGGUACCUAAACAGAGCCUGCUGUCUGCACAUGAUAAUGUUUAUGUAGUGGAUGACACGGUUCUGGAGCUAUCGGAGGUGGAAGAAACGGCGUCAGAAAGCAGCUGUUUUGCAUCAGAGGACACCACAGAGGACUCGGGUGUUGUGAGCUCCCCGUCUGACAUUGUAUCUCUGGAUUCCCAAAAUGACAGUAUGAAGUUGAGAGACAUCAAGCUGGUCAAUGGCUACAUGGGGCCAGCUGAGGCAGGUGCAAUGUGUGGCACAGAGAUGUGCCCUGUACGGAACGCCUACUGCGGCAGCGUGGGACCUGACAGUGCUCCUCUGAGCAGGCAAGAUGAAGCAAUGGCUUUGGCUAAGCAUGAGAAUGAAGAUCCAUUCAUUGCAGCACAGCUCCAGCAGACUUUGGCUGACCUGGAUGAAGAUUUAGAAGCAGUGGAUGGUGUCAGUAACUCUGACUCCGACUACACCAGUGAAGCCUUGAACCUACAUAUAAGAAAAGUUGAGGCCACCCAAGAUGUUUCCAUUUCUGUUCCAGUAACAAUCAUAGAUGAUGCUCCAGAAGUUAGCACCUCUAACUCAGAUGAAAAUCAAGAGGUGGAGAUUAGGGUUUCACAGAAUAUCUCAGAUGACUCUGUUAAUGCAAGAAACUUCACAAAUAAAAACAACAAUGCAGGUUCCUUUGAUAAGGGACACACAGAUGGUGGAGCUGUAUGCAAGGACCUAAUAUAUCAGCAACCAUCUGAAAAUGAAUUCAGUCACUUGCCUGUGGAACAGAGGAGAGAUAUGUUUGAAUCUCUCACAUCCUCCUUUGAAAAAAGAAGUGAAAAGAACUUAAGACUGGAACUCUCUCCUAAACACGGUGUGAAGUCUGAGGAAUGUAAAUCUAAGCUGAGUCCGUCUCACUCUAAGGCCACGACUGAAAUCAGUACAGCAAAAGAGAAGCUAAAUCCAUUUAAUGAAUGUAGUAGCAGGGAAAGAUCUCUGAAAAAAAGUAAAUCAGAAUUAGAAAUCAAAUGGCCACCAGCAAAAAAAAUGGAAGUAGAAGAAGUCCCAUCAACACCCACAUGGUGUCAUCGUGCCCAGAAUUCAGGAUCAAGCUAUGAACCUAAAAUGGGUUUGACAACCUUUAAAGUUGUCCCUCCCAAACCUGAAGUAAGACAUUUUGAUAGAGGAGUUUCACUCUCCACUGGUGCCAUUAAGAUAGAUGAAUUAGGCAAUCUUAUAGGCCCAAAUACCAGUGUUAGUAAGCAAGUACAAGGCUCUUCUUCUGCUGAAAGUGAGGAAAUUCAUAUUGGGAAGGUGAAGGCAUUCUGGAGGUCAAGUUCUAUGGAAAAGCAAAGUGAUGACCCUGCUGAGCAUUUUCCUAAAAAGUCAGCAGUCACCACAAACUCUAAGCCCUUUACUAUAAAACAUGAACACAAACCUGUCUGUCUUGCAGCUCCAAAACCUGCAGCACAACAAACUGUUACUGCCCAGGUAGCUGAAAGACAAUCUGAGAAUGAAAGGACCAAACCAGCUCUUUCAGUUACACAGUCUCAGGUAACACCAUUAGCAGCCCCAACCAUUAGUAAGGACAAGCUGGAACUCCCAUUUGUAAAGCCACACAGGAGAACUUCAAGUCAGUAUGUUGCCUCUGCCAUUGCAAGACAUAUCAGUGCAACUACCUUUAAAUCUGACACUAUGGAAUAUCAUGAGAAAGAUGAAAACAAGCAAGGGGCAGGAGAGAUUAAGAAUGAAGCAGAAGUUUCACCAAAAAGAUGUAUUAUUGUGGCCAAAUAUAGCCCUGUGGAAACAGAAUCAGCAGAAACAAGAGAAACACUUUCAAGUAUUUUUGCUUCCAGUCAGAAAGCAUCCCACAGAUUUACACCAGGUGAUAAUUCUGGCAUGGAAAACAAAGUAGUUAAUAUCAGGGCACCAAAUCAAGCAACUCCUUUGAGUUUCUAUAAAAAGAAUGCCAGUGUCCCACUUACUAAAUCCUCUUCAAAGGAUAACAACAGUGCAGAAGAUGAUCAUGGUUUAAACAGCAAACAAAGUAUAGCAGAGAAAAAGACACGUCUUGUGUUUGACCAGAAAUGUGAGACUUUGACCCACACUAAUUCAGCCUCAUCCCUCAAGUCUCCUGAUCUCCAAGGAGUCCCAUCCUCUUCCAGCUCAUCUUUGCGAGUCACUAAAUGGCGUCCUGCUAAUGGUGUACAAGUUAGUUCACUGAAAGCUUCACCUGAACUAAAUGGUGCAGCAGCAAAUGCGGAGUCAGAGCAGGAGGAGAAACCUGAUGAUUCAGAUAUUAAUACUGUCAGUGAACUGGAUGUUAACGUGCAGACUAAUAUCUUCGGACCAAAGAAGAAGUUCAAGCCUGUCGUCCAAAAGCCAGUUCCAAAAGACACAUCUUUGCACAGUGCCCUAAUGGAAGCCAUUCAAACAGGAGGGGGAAAGGAGAAACUGAGAAAGGUUUCAAACAGUGCACUAAAUGGCAAUCACAGGAAACCUUCAUUUGCUGACCCAGAGAAUGAGCGUUCAGCCCUACUAGCAGCAAUUAGAGGCCACAGUGGCACCUCAAAGCUAAAAAAGAUCUCCUCAUUGGCCUCUGAAGAGCUGCAGCGUUUUAGGGAUGCAGAACUGUCCUUGCAGAAGGCAGAAGACCUUCAGGAAGAGCAGCUGUAUAUCCCACCUGCCCCUGCCCAGCCACCACCACCACCUCCCAUUCAGCUGUCAGCAGCAGCUCCUAAAUCCUCUGCCACAGCUACAGGUAACCCAGCAGAGGCAAGGCAAGCCCUAAUGGAGGCCAUUCGCUCUGGUGCUGGAGCAGCAAAGUUAAGAAAGGUCCCUCUGCUCGUUUGAACAAUGUAAAAAGAAUAGGUAACUGGAAAAUCUAACCCCAUAUGCACCCAUAAUCAUCAUUCAGAGUCUGAAGUGGCAAAAAACAUCAAGAAGUUUAGUUUAUUCUCUUGACUACAAGCCAAAAUAAGUUGUAGUUAAUUUUCUGUGUGUUCCUGCAUAAUGGUUCUAAGGGGAAAAUAUGUUGCUCUGCUGUAAAGCUUCUGUGCCAAGGAAUUGUGUUUUGCCUCUGAAUAUUUAAGGUUGCCAAUAAACUAUUCUUGUUGGCAGGUUAAUAAGAAUAUAAACACUGUGCAGUCCUGUGUUAAUACUUAAUUGUGUUUAUGGGCAAAAUUAAAAACUUUGCUAGCUAUCUGAAAAGUAAUACUCAUUUCAAGCUGUUAAAAGUAUGUAAGUAUUUCAAACUAUUUACUUGCUUCUUUUUUGAUUUCAAAAAGGGCUGUAAGUGAUUAGGGUGAAACCAGAAUAAAGGUCUAUAAAAAACAAUCACAAGAAAAAAGUUAUGAUACCUAAGUUGUCAUAUGCUGGGGUCAUCAGUUUUUAAAAUUAAAUGAACUUUGCGUCUCUGCUGGAGCUCUGAGAAAGCAGGCAAUCAAUAAUGAACGUGAGACAGUGUCUAUUGAAAAGUUACUUAUGAGAUAUGACGUAUAGAAUGCUGAUGUGCAGAGAUAUGCUGAACCCUGGUAACAUUCAUGGCACUUCAAAAAUAUUGAGCCACCUUAAAGGAUCUCUAUUUGCAACAGACUGUGAAGGUUAUAAACAAGAGUCAGAAUAUAGAGGUCCAAGAUGCAGAAUUCGUUCUGCAUUGCAAAAUGAAGUGAAGCUGCUUUCUAUCAGUAUCCAGGACUUUUGUGGCCUGUUGUUCAGGUCAUGCAUAAGUUGGCCCUUGGUUUCUAAUUCGUAUGGCUGUUGUACGUUGUCUCACAAGUAUUUAUAGCAGCAUCUUUUUCAAAUGCUAACUACUUUGGUAGUUGUUGUUGUACAUAUUUUGAAAAUAUUUCGUUAAAUUGAUUAACUUAAAAAGGACAAAUGAAAAUGCUUUUUCACGUUUCCUAUAUUGUAGUGAAACUGAAGAAGGGGAAGUUUGUACAUUUACAUUUUUAUAAUCACAGACUAGAGUGGUGGCAGAUUCUUUUUUUUUUUUUUUUUUUUUUUUUUUUAGCUGGAAUUUAAAAUGUAUAGCUAUGGACUGUUGAAGCAUGAGACUAUUUAGCCAUCUGCAUUUAAUGUGACUAUAUAUUAUAUAUUGUAAAAUACUGAUGUCUGUUAGUGCCACGAAUAAAAACAAAAUCAAAACCUGA